AUGAUGGCCAUUCCCACUCGUGAAAUAAGUCACAUACACGUUUUGACCAGCUGGGCAACACAUCGAGGAGCUGUUACUGCAGGACUGCUAAGGAGACUGAACCUGCCUAUACUCCACUUCAGCAUCUUCACCUGUGCAACAGAAGUCCUUCACCCGCGUGGAAGGCUGCGCUCAGGAGCGUCGCGCGCUCCAAUGGAUUUGCGUAAAUGGGUUUGGAGUGUGUGCGCGGUGGCUGGCUUGGUGCUCACCGUCACUGAACAUUCGCAGAGUGAGAUUACCUGGGAGGUCCCGCGCUUUGACGGCUGGUACAACAGUUUGGGGAAUCCCAGACGUGGGUCGGUCGGGUCUCGCCUCGUGCGCCUUGUGCCCGCGCAGUACUGGGACGGAGUCUACCAGCCAGUCCUGGAGCCGCUGCAGCCGAACCCCCGCAGACUGAGCCGGCUCCUGGCGGAGGGGCCCUCCGGGCUUCCGUCCACCCGCAACCAGACCGUGCUGUUUCUGUUCUUUGGCUACCAUGUUGCCUUUGAGAUUUUGGACUUGAGAAGUUCUGGUUGUCCACCUGAGUUCAUGAACAUCCCAGUUCCACAAGGUGACCCAGUGUUUGACCCCAAUGCCACGGGAAAGGUCCAGCUGCCCUUCCGGAGAGGAGAGUGGGACGAAGUAUCAGGUCAAAGCCCCAGCAACCCUCGCAUUCAGGUCAAUUCAGUUACAGCCUGGAUAGAUGGAAGCUCCAUCUAUGGCCCUUCCAGCUCUUGGUCUGACUUGCUGAGAAGCUUCUCUGGAGGACGCUUGACUUCAGGCUCUGAGUGGAACAUGCCAAAGGAGGGAGGGGGAACCAAUUUCAUGUGGAGCGCACCCGAUCCCUCUACUGGAGAGCACGGAUCACAAGGACUUUAUGAGUUGGGAAAUGCCUGGGCCAAUGAGAACAUGUUCACCGCGGCAGAGGGGAUUAUCUGGUUUCGCUACCACAAUUAUGUCGCCUCUAAGUUGCAUGAAGAACACCCGGAGUGGUCAGAUGAGGAGCUGUUUCAAAAUGCCAGAAAGACCACUGUGGCCACAUUCCAGAACAUUGCUCUCUACGAAUGGCUGCCCGGAUACCUCGGAAACAAAACACUUCCUCCUUAUCCAGGCUACCAGAAGUUUGUCGAUCCAGGAAUCUCACCUGAAUUUGAGGCUGCAGCUGUUAGAUUCAGUGCUACUAUGGCGCCACCUGGUGUUUAUAUGAGAAAUAGAACCUGCCAUUUCCGAAACAUUACCAAUGCAGAUGGGAGCACAUCGCCUGCAAUUCGCCUUUGCAAUAGCUUCUGGAAACGACAGAGGAUCAACAUGAAGACAGCUGAGGAUGUGGAUGACCUCCUCAUGGGCAUGGCCUCUCAGAUUGCAGAGAGAGAAGAUAACAUUGUUGUGGAGGACCUGAGAGAUUAUAUGUAUGGACCUCUGAGGUUCACACGCACAGAUCUGGUGGCGAUGACUAUCCAGAGAGGAAGAGACUUUGGUCUGCAAAGCUACACAGAGAUACGGAAGGCUCUGGAUCUCCCUCCUGUGGAGACAUUUGAAGAAAUCAAUCCUGAGCUCAACCGUACUAACCCUCAGAUGCUCCAGGCUGUAGCAGAAUUGUACGACGGAGACAUCUCCAAACUGGAGCUCUUCUCUGGAGGAUUGUUGGAGUCCCUGGAUGGUCCAGGUCCCGUCUUCUCUGCUAUAAUCCUGGAUCAGUUUGAACGCAUCAGAAAUGGAGAUCGCUUCUGGUUUGAAAACAAACUAAAUGGGUUGUUUACAGAUGAAGAAAUUCAGGAAAUCCGCAAUGUGACGUAUCGGGAUGUCCUUCUUGCCGUCACAAGCGCAGACGCCACAGAUAUCCAAGAAAAUGUGUUCUUCUGGAAAGAUGGUGACCCCUGUCCUCAGCCCGCACAGCUGGAAGCCUCCAUGUUGUGUCCCUGCACAAACGCCACGAAACUUAAUUACUUUGAUGGCAGCAAAGCUGGAUUUGGAAUUUUUAUCAUUGUUCUAUUUCUGUUCCCUGCUGUGAGUUUUCUUGUAGCCUGUAUGGUGGCGUGUCUGCGGAAGUACAGGUACAAAAAAUUUCAGAGGCGAAGAGGAAUUGCUGGAAAUGGAGCAGAAAAGCCAUCAGUAGGAAUAGUUGCAUAUGAGUGGCAGGGCCACAGCAAGCAGAUGCUCCCAGUUAGCGUGGAGGUGGAAAAGAGGAGGCUGCAGGUUUUUGACAGAUCUGGGUCCAUUCAUCGCUCCCUCAAUCUGGGGAACCAGGACUGCCUGGACGUCCUUCUCGCCAAUGACCGACACAAUAAAGCUUUGAUGCUCAAAGUGCCCAAAGAGUAUGAUCUGGUGCUUUUCUUCGAUGAGGAGAGCAAACGGGCUGACUUUAUCAAGCAUCUGCGCCUGGAGCUGAAAGAAGUCAUGCAGGAGAUUCGAGUAAAGGAGCUGAGAGAGAAGGAACUGCUGAAGGAAGCUCUGACCAAAGAGCAGAGAGCUCAGAUUGUGGAGACUUUCAUCAGACACGCUUUCUCCAAGGUCUUGGAAAUACAGAAGUGUGAUGCUGGAGAUAUGAGUGGCGUUUCCCCCAGGAGAGCCAGAGAGGUCCUUCAGUGCGAGCUGACGGCGUCAGAGUUUGCUGACGCACUGGGGCUCAAACCGGACUCCCUUUUCGUGGACUCCAUGUUCACGCUCGCUGAUAAGGAUGGAAACGGUUACCUGUCCUUUCAGGAGUUCCUUGAUGUUAUGGUGAUUUUCAUGAAAGGAUCUCCAGAGGAAAAGUCCAAACUCAUGUUUUCCAUGAACGACGUCGGUGGAAAUGGUUAUUUAUCAAAAGAAGAGUUUGCCAGGAUGCUCAGGUCUUUCAUUGAAAUCUCCAACGGUGCUCUGUCAAAGACACAGGCAGAGGACGGCAUCAAGGCCAUGAUGCAAGCUGCAGGCUUCGACAACAAGGAGCGAAUCUCAUGGGAGGACUUUCAUUUCCUCUUGAGGGACCACGAUAAGGAGCUGCAGUUUGCUCAGCUCAAUGUCAAAGGGAUGGAAAAAGAAGGGAGGAAGCGUUUGAGUCAGUAUCAGAGAGUGUCCUUCAUCUGUCCAGCAAACAGUAACAAGGCAGAGGGGUUCGAGCUGCGCAGACGAAAAAAUACAUCCAUAAAAACACCAAAUGUGUAUGUGAAAGCCAAGCGUCAGGAGUACAUCAGAAACCCCGUCCAGCAGAAAAUCCAACAGUUCAAGCGCUUCAUUGAGAAUUAUCGGCGCCAUAUCGUGUGCUUCAUCAUCGCGUACAGCAUCACAGUUGGUGUGACGUUAGAGAGAUGUUACUAUUAUGGUCUGCAGGCUGAAGCGACAGGGGUCCCUGAGACCACGGUGGUUGGCAUCAUCGUUGCUCGUGGCUCGGCGGCUGGCAUCUCUUUUUUGUUUCCCUACAUGCUGCUUACCGUGUGCCGCAACCUCAUCACGCUGUGCAGGGAGACUUUCCUCAACAGGUUCAUCCCGUUUGAUGCUGCCAUCGACUUCCACCGCUCCCUGGCCAUGACGGCCGUCGUCCUCUCAGUUACUCAUAGUUUAGCCCAUGUGGUGAACAUCUACAUAUUUUCCAUCAGUGACCUCAGCAUCUUGUCUUGUCUGUUUCCCAAAGUCUUAAAUAAUAACGGGUCUGAAAUUCCUCCUAAGUGGUAUUGGUGGUUCCUUCAGACUGUUCCAGGAAUGACCGGAGUGUUACUUCUUCUUGUUUUGGCGUUCAUGUAUGUUUUUGCCUCUCGCUAUUUCCGCCACAUCAGUUUCCGUGCAUUUUGGAUCACACACUACCUCUACAUUGUUGUUUACAUUCUGACGGUCAUUCACGGCAGCUUCGCUCUCCUCCAAGAGCCUCGUUUCUACAUCUACCUCAUCCCUCCUUCUCUGCUCUUCCUGCUGGACAAACUCAUCAGUCUGAGCAGGAAAAAGGUGGAGAUUCCUGUUGUCAGAGCUGAGCUGCUGCCUUCCGGUGUGACUCAUCUGGAGUUCAAGCGACCAUCAGGCUUUGUGUAUCGUUCUGGUCAGUGGGUCCGGAUAGCUUGCUUGAAGCUGGGCACAGAUGAGUACCACCCUUUCACGCUAACAUCAGCACCCCAUGAGGAGACACUGAGCCUGCACAUCAGAGCUGUGGGGCCCUGGACCAGCCAGCUCAGAGAGCUCUACACUGACGAAAGCCUCCUAGAGCUUGGAUCUUAUCCAAAGCUGUACUUGGAUGGUCCAUUUGGGGAGGGCCAUCAGGAGUGGGUAGACUUCGAGGUGUCUGUUCUGGUGGGAGGAGGGAUAGGAGUCACACCGUUUGCCUCCAUCCUCAAAGACCUGGUGUUCAAGUCUUCGAUCAAAUCCAAGUUCAUGUGUAAAAAAGUGUAUUUCAUCUGGGUGACACGGACACAGCGUCAGUUUGAGUGGGUGUCAGACAUCAUCAGGGAGGUGGAGGAGAUGGACACUCAGGAGUUGGUCUCGGUCCACACCUACAUCACUCAGGUGGCAGAGAAGUUUGACCUGCGCACCACCAUGCUGUACGUGUGUGAGCGUCACUUCCAAAAGGUGUGGAAUCGCAGUCUCUUUACUGGCCUGCGCUCCGUCACUCACUUUGGCCGUCCGCCCUUCGUGUCCUUCUUUAACUCUCUACAGGAAGUUCAUCCUGAGGUGGGUAAAAUAGGCGUGUUCAGCUGCGGCCCUCCGGGACUGACCAAAAACGUGGAGAAAGCAUGUCAGCAGAUGAACAAGAGGGAUCAAGCCCAUUUCAUUCAUCACUAUGAGAACUUCUAGCUGUUUGGGGUGUUGGUAAAGACGAGAAACAAAAUUUAGUAUCAUUAUUAAAAAGUUAAUCAUGGGGGGUUUAUGUUUGUAAUCAUAAGCAUUAUGAAUGCUCGCGUAGCUGUGAAAGAACCUUUUAUUUAUGUCAGAAAAAUCUAAGAUUGUUUACAUUAUGUGAAUAUUUUUCAAUCAGUUCAUUUUAUUAAUAAUUACUUCUUUCCUCUUCUUUGUAUCAAAUUACUUUUCAAAAGCUUUAUGAUUUAGUCGGGGAGGUUUUAGACUGAUUUGUACAAAAUCUCCACAAAAGACAGCAUUUUUUUUAUUAAUAUGUCUCAGUCAUCUGAUUAGAUGUGUUUAAAUUGUUCUGUGAAUUCAGUGAGUUCUUUGAAUCCAAAUAAAGAUAGAUCUGUAAAUUAAAGGCUCCUUUUUUUCUGCUCACACUGCUGGUGCAGCUCAAUCAAUAAUUUUUCAAGCAAGCAACAUGACUCAUUUUCUUUAUGUUUUUGUAAAAAAAAAAAAGUAUGUAUGCAUACUCUUUUGUAACCCUCUCUAACUAACAUGAAAGGCCAAAAAUGUGCAUAAAUGAUGAGUAAAGAGCUGUCUAUAAGAUUAAA